AUGCUGCAGCAAAACCCAUCAUCGCCGCUCCAUGCGGAGAAUGUUAUCAAAUCUUCGAAUUCCACGCCGACACUAACACCCACACACACGGUGCUUGCCACGCCGCAGCGUCCGUCAUCUCCGCGUCAAUUCUUCGAGCGUCUUUACGGGCAUCUCGAGACGCGGACGCACAAUAGUGAGAGCGGCGACAUCGACGUGGGCACACACACCGAGACGCCUUACCAGAGCGACGGAGGCAGCGCAUCCUCACCGGAUAUUUCGAUAAGUGAUGAGCGCGUCUCAUUAGUCAGUUUUCCAUCGUAUGAAUUGCUUGCGCCUCCGGCGGAUUACAAUACGUACGGCGCCAUUGCGAACGGAACUUUACCGACGGGUCUAUCAUUUCCAGCUUUUUCGGGCGAUCCGCAUAUUAACGCCGGAUUCUCAGCAUUUUGUGAGUAUACUAGUGAGAUUAUUCAGAAAAAUCAAAUUGAAUUUUAA